UUUUAUUUUCCAUGUAUGCCUCGAAAGAAUCUUAACCGAAAAAAACCAAAUUACUUAGAAUGUAUUAAAAGUUUCGUAAUCGGGGAAAUGCCAUUUACAUCGCCAAAUUAUUAAAAACAAAGGCCUUGUAAGCAAAAAGGUUUAUGGGCGUUUUUUAUUGUUUCCUUUGGAAAAGAAAAGUAAAUAAUUCAAUCCUUUAUGUUACAGUUAUGGAUUCUUUCAAGAAAGGCUGGUUCACUGAGACGGGCACCUUGCACAGUGACGUGGUUAUGUCGGUGAAAGUCAACAAAAUUUUGUAUCACGAAAAAUCCAAGUACCAAGAUAUUCUCAUAUUUGAAUGUGACAAGUGGGGGCGAGUUUUAGUCCUCGACAAUGCCGUUCAGCUGGCGGAGUUUGACGAAUUUGCCUGGCAAGAGACAUCCUCCUUCGUCUCCCUUAACUCUCACCCGCAUCCAAAGAAGGUCUUGAUCAUCGGGGGCGGUGUCGGAGGAGUUGUGAGAGAAUGCUCGAAGCACCCUCUGGUGGAAUCGAUCGACAUAUGUGAAAUAGAUGAAAAAGUACACGAAGCUUCAAAGAAAUUCUUACCAUUCAUGUGUAAAGGUUUCGAGAGCACCAAAUACAAGUUGCACUUUGCGGACGGGGCGGAAUUUGUGAAAAACCAUCCCCAGGAGUAUGAUGUCAUCAUCACAGAUUCGCCAGAUCCAAAAGGUGUAGGAGCUUGUCUUUUUGAAAAUUCUUACUACGUCUCAUUGAAGAAAGCACUCAAGCCAGGAGGAAUCUUGGUGUCUCAAGGGGAGACCUUCUGGUACGACCUCGAAAUGAUGGCGAAAAUGAUCAAGAUGUGCAAGUCGCUGUUUCCAGUGGUGGACUACGGAACGACUUACAUUGCUACUUAUCCAGCGGGCCAUAUAGGAUAUUUGUGCUGUUCUGACAAUCCGGAAACUAACUUCAGGAAACCUCUGCACACAUUUUCACGCGAAACUCUGAAGUUAUUUCAAUUGAAAUAUUACACUCCAGAGAUCCAUCGAGCUAUGUUCGCUCUACCCUUCAAAAUGGCAGAAGCAUUGGGAUUAAGCUGGGAAGUGAAGUGAAAAUAUUUCUACCUAUGAAAGCAUGUUCAAACGAUAGCAAGCUGCUGAAAGAAAAAUGGAAUCUAUUACACUUCAAGUCCGUUCAAAUGUUUUGGAACAAAUUAUUGCUUUAGCAACGAAUUUCAGCCACUUGCACUUAUUAAUUUAUUUAAUGCAUCAUAUUAUAAAUUAUUGAUCUUCAAUUUUUAAAAAAAUGUGUAUCUUUAAAACAGAAUAACUGACGCAGAGCAUUGAAUUGACGAAUAACAGAAUCUGCCUUAGAUAUUACAAAAUCCCUUUAGUGAAAAAAAGGGACAAUUAUCUCCUAAAAAAAGAAUGUCAAUUUAUAAAAUAAAAUCCUUUUUCUUUGCUGUCA